ACAUAUAUCGAUUGUCAACUGGUAACACGAGAGAUAACAAUCAUCACAUCGAAUAUGGUAAAUACGGGAAGUGACCAUAAAAUACUGAAGUCGACGUUUCUGCUCAUGCAUGGAGAAGUUCCAAGAAGCUUCUGGUAUCUUCAGAUAAAUAAAAGGGCUAAUCUCGACAUAAAAAUACCGAUAAAAAUAGACAGCGAGAUCAACAAAUCAUCUCCAUUGGUUAAAGCAAUAGAAGCAGUUAUUCAUUUUCCAGUGAGAAAUGGUAAAUGGAUCAAUAAAACCGAGAAAUUCACAUCGAAAAGUUAUCGGAGAAAAAUCAGUAAAAAGCAUGAUAAGGAAGAAAGAAAAGAAAUCAGAUCAAAAUUUGAUAAAGUGGGUAUCGAAGGACUUAAACAGAAAAGCUUUUGGAACUUGAUUGGUACCAUCAGAGUUGACGAAACACCAUAUAUACUAAAUGAACCAGAGUAUAAAGGGAAUUACGAGCAAUCAAUCAUAAAUUUUAUCCAACAAUUUUCAACCAGGAAGCCGAUUUUCAAUGACGAACAAGCUCAAUUAAGGCUUUAUGACGGAAAACGAAUGGAUGAGAAUCAUGAAAAGAAAUGAGCAAAUUAAAAUCCUCAUUGAACUCAGAUGGUUUCAGAAAGAAAAAUUGGCUCAAAUUCGUUAACAAAUACGAAACAAUCUUAAGAAACAUAGUCGAAUCGAUAUUUAAAAUAUCAUACCUACCUGAGUGUAUGAGAAUACUUGGAGGUGGUUUCGUGCCAAAGAAAGAUUCCAAUAAAGUGAGAAUGGUAAAAUCUCCAAAUUAUCUCUUUAAAGUAGUAGAUAAAAUCAUCAGUUACAGACUAAUGGAUCUAUGCGACGAUUUUAUUCUGGAAGAUUCACAAUUUGCCUUCAUUAAAAGCGGUAACAGAGAAGACCUGGUGAUGAAAAUGACUUUCUCGAUCGAUUGGAAUACGACACAAUUACUACUCCUUGAUGUAUCCUCAGCUUUUGACAAAAUUUCUCUCGAAAAUCUGCUAGAGAAAAUAUCUCAAAAAGACUUACCUCUGGGCAGGUUACUAUCAUCGUUCUGUGGAAACCGUUGGAUAAAAACGUACUUCGAGAAAAGUAACCACUACUUUAAAGAAAAUUCUGGUACACCUCAAGGCUCAUCAUCGGGUCCACUAUUAUACAUCUUGGCGAUGGACGAACAAAUUAGAAAACUGAGAAAAAGAGGUAUUCAAAUAUCAGCUUAUGCAGAUGAUCUGGUGGUCAUAACAGAGUUAAAAGAUGACGCUGAAGCGAUCAUCCAGGACAUCAACCAACAUCUAACCUCAGUUUCUCUUGAACUAAAUCGUGAAAAAUCCGAAAUCUACAAGGGAAAGUUUAACAAGUUACAUUUCAUUGGAUACCAUUUUUUCAUACCCUUCAGAAAAACUCACAUACAAAAUGUAACAAGAGAGAUCAAAUCUAAAUUAUCUUCAUCUUUCAGGUGCCCUCAACUUACAUUAGCGCUUCUUCCAGUCAAGAUAAAGAAACUCAUCUUGAGCAAUAUUAUAUACCCUAAACUGAGGUCGAUUGGAUACACGGUUUUCCUGAAUGAGAAAAAACAUUUCAUGGAUACUUUUAGGAUUUUAAAUUCAACAAUUUCUUUAAAUGAACUACAACCAUCAGCAGGCUCAAUAUCCUGGUGCUGGUAUGGAAUCAGCCACAUCCUAGAAAUACUUUGGAUGGAAUCAUGGAUGUAUUGGAACGACUUCGGUGGUAAUAUCAACCCAAUUUACAUUCUUAAUCAGACGAGAAAACUUAAAACAGUUACCAGAAAAGAAAAAAAGAAAUUGUUGGCAAGAUUCGUAGAAGUUACUACCCCGAUGUCGCUGGAAUAUUUUUACAAGGAAGAAGAUAUUUACAUAGGUGUCGGACCUUUCAACGUUAACGCUUACAAAUCACAGAGAAUGGGAAAAUGGGAUAACUACAUCACAAUGAUAUACUCUCAACUGAAAUUCGUGCAACAGGAAAAUAUUGAAAUGGUGGUUAUCGUACCUCGAUCCAUGGAAUUAACCAUAGACAGCAAAUCGGACUAUAAAAAAGACGCUUUCUCGAUUAUGCAUCAAUUCAAGGAUAUUAAAUGGACUUGGACCUAUGGUGACUACAUCAAAUACACAUUUACACCAAUAAGGAUUACCCAAAUUGAGAAGGAUUGGACUACGACAAAAAACUGGAUAACUGAAAAUAAGAUCAAUAUUAGAAACACAUUAGUGAAAUGGUUGGCGGAAGAAAAUGAUGUCAUAUCAAAAAUAUUUCCAAAUCAUGAAUGUAUAAUAGAUUCGUUUGGAUUUAUUGGCAACUUUUCAUACAGAAAAAUUACCAAAUUUUUAUCGGAAGUUAAUCUAAGGAUGAAUAAAUUCAAAUGCUGUGAGGACAAGGAUCACCAUCCCUUCACCUGCCGAGAAGUUCUGGAAGCAGCAGCAAGAGAUCUUGAUAUAACGGAAUCAUUUCCUCAAAAUUUUAAACUGAAUAACAACAACAUCAAAGCCUACCAGAAAAUCUUAGAAUACAUCUCAGCAACCUCGGAGGAGCUAAGAAACUCAUGUUUACUUUUCAUUUAAUUUACCCACAUCACCCAAAACCAUCCCCCUCCCCUCAAAAACCACCCAUCACUGUUAUCACCUUCCCCUUGUACGGUUGUAAUGCCGGAAACGAUGAAUACAAAUUCAUCGAGCCUCCUCGAGGCGGCUGUCAAAGCUAUAAUAAUAAACUCUCCUCGAAUAAUGUCAAUAAUGUGAUGCGCGUUAUACAUUAAAAUCCAAUAGAAACGAUUUCAACCUUCCAUUUGACCUUAACUAUUACAACACCAACACCAGGCUAAGUCAUCGAACCAACUGUAGUUGCAUCAAUUUCAUUUCUCUCCCUCAUCUCUUCCUUUCUCUCUCCUUUCUACCUCUCUCUCUCCCUUUUCUCUCUCUCUCUCUUUCUCUCUCUCUCUGUUAUUUAUCAACAACUUUUAACAUCUCCAUCAUCUUCUAUCAACUCAUCACUUUUUCUUUCCUCUUUUCUUCGAUCACAUCUUAUAAACAAAGUUUCUUUUCUCUUAUUCUUGCCUAGUAAUAUUAUCCUCUUUUUUUGAUCAAUCUCUCUGUCUCUUUCUUUCUUUGAUUAUCUUUUUUUCUUCUGGUGCUUGUGAAAAAAUUGUCGCAACUUCAUUUCAUAACCUGCAUCCUCCAUACACCGAUUUAUAUACUCACCCACUUCUAAAGUUCCAUUCUCACUCUUCACUUUCUCUAUCUUCCUCGUAUUCUCUCCAUCGUUCUCUUUCUCCUUCUCUCCUUCUCUCCUUCUCAUCUUGUUAUACUAUUGAGAAGUGAUUUAAUUAACGUUCAGUUAACUGUUCUAUGUUAUUGUUAAACAAAACACUUUAACAUCCGAACGCUCUUAUAAAACUCCUCUAAUUGUUUCCAUAAAUUAUUAUUGAAAUACUGUUAAAAAUUUCAUUCAUUGUUGCCUGAUUUAUGUGUCUCUCUUGAUAGAUUUGUUUCUUGUUUAUAUUAUACUAAUAACUGUAAACAAACUGUCAAUUUUUACCAAUUCUCGUUUUCAAUCAAUUGACAAUUGAUUGUUUUCACCUUUUUCACUAUUUACAAUUUGUGAUUUGUUUCCGAUAAUUUCUUGAUUUGUUUACUAUCCGUGUACCUUGUUGUCUCUCUUUCUUCUUCUUCUUUCCAUCUUCAACUUAGUAUUAUUUUCAUCUUUGUUCUUCUUUUUCUCUCUCUCUUCUCUUUAUAUUCGUUAUGCUUCCAUUAUCCUCUCCUAGAAAACCUAAAAUGUUGAAUAAUAUCUGUGGAAAUUCAAGACGAAACAAUAAUCGUGGUCGCUUAGGCUGUUUCACAAGCCUAAAAGCCGCUUGGACUUUGGCUAAGCUGCUACAUUGAUGAUGAUCAAUAAUGGAUGAGAUAGAGAGGGUGUUUUGAGAUUCGAGUCCAGUGAAAGUCCAUCCGUGAUUAUGAGAAACUAUUAAGGCUGAAGAAGGAUAAGAACAAAAAGAAAGCUCACUUUUAAAGAAAUUAAAAAUAUUCCAGUUAAAUGAAUUAGUUCGUUCUGGCUUACAUCCAUCUUCGAGUCAAUUAACUGAUUGUCAUCUCUCUUUUACUGCCUCUUCUUACUAUUUUUCAUCGUCUUUUUUUCUGCCCUUUUAACAGCCUUUUAACUUUUCCAUCAUCAUCUUCAACACCAACUCUCUCUCUCUCUCUUGUCUCAUCUCGCCACCUUCUCCAUCUUCGUUUCCGUCUUUUGUCAUCAUUAUCAUCAUCAUCUACCACCCUCCUAACUCACUCACCGAACCCGUAACAAUCAAAACAAACAAGUCAAAAAAAGCAACACACAAAACUUAUACAUCUUCAAUAUAUAUCGCUGUUCAACAUCCGUCUCCUACUUUUAUCUUUUUGGUUCUUUAUCAUUCCUGUUUCCGUUGAAAUUUGAAAAAAAAGUUAUAUGAAAUAUAAUAUAUUAUAUUACAACAACAACAAUAAUAACAACAAUAAUUGAAACAUAUCCCCGGUUCUGUUGAUUAUCAUCAUUACACCACUUCCAUCGUCACCAUGAGCACCUCAUCAUCUUCAUCAACUACAAUCACAAACACCGCUAAUUCAUCUCAAUAUAUAAUUUAAUUAUUAUGUAAACUGUGCAAUCAACAACAAAACCACAAAACUUUCACAUGGAUUUUAAAACCCUAAAGAAGUAAACAAAAUGAAACCUGCUAAUCAAACAAUCAACCAACAUAGUUCAACGAAAUAACAAAUAACCGUUAUCGUUAAUUAAAACAAUAAACAAAACAAAAAUUUGUAAAAGAUGUCGAUAAAACAAUCACAAUGAAACUAAUGGAAAUGGAUCAACAAUUAAAGCCUAUCACAAUCACACCACUCUAAAUGAUUGGAAAAAAAACAAUGAGAUGGAUCCACCAAGGAUUAGAAUCACUUACCACCAUCACCACCGGAAUAUCAACUUUAAAAAUCACUCUCACCAAUUAAUCUCAAUCAAUCAAUUAUAAAUAUUAUAUUAGUUAAUGUUUUCUUUUUGUAGGCUUUCAUCCAAACCUUUACUAUUAAUUAUUAUUACUAUUAUAUAUUACUAUUAUAAUCAUAGUAUUAUAAUUUAUCAAUUCUA